AUGAAUUCCGUUGAUGCUUCCGAGCACUACGAGCUAGGCGUCACCGACCUCGCACCAUCCCUCCUCACCAUCGUCAUCGACACAAAUCCGCACGCCUGGGCUGCUUUGGAAGAUUCCCUCCCGCUGUCCAAAGCCGUCGCGAACAUCCUCGUCUUCAUCAAUGCGCACCUGGCCUGCAACUACGCGAAUGAAGUCGCCGUCGUUGCAUCACACAGCCAAAAAGCAACAUGGCUAUAUCCCGUCCCGACACCGAGCGACUUCGAUCGUGAUGGAGACGUCUCGAUGAACGGAGCCAACGGAGCAGCCAGCGCACAGAUGAACAAGUACCGCCCGUUCCGCGUAGUCGAAGAGCAAGUGACCCGCCACCUGAAGGAACUCAUGGUGUCCACGAGCAGCGACGAUCUCCGAGGUAACACUUCCACAAUGCUGGCCGGCGCAUUAACACUCGCACUGAGCCACAUCAAUCGGCGCACAAUCGCCUGGGCCGAAGAGCACGGCGGCGCAGACCUAGAAGACGCAGCCGAAGCCGGUGCGGGAGGCGGUGCAAAUCGAUACUCCGCCUCGAACGACGAUGAGCGGCUCCAGAGCCGCAUCCUGAUCGUCUCGGUCAGCGGGUCUAGCGACUCGGCGCACCAGUACAUCCCUGUGAUGAAUAGCAUCUUCGCCUGCCAGCGGUUACAAAUCCCCAUCGACGUGUGUAAGCUUAGUGGUGAUGCUGUCUUCCUGCAGCAGGCCUGCGAUGCUACCAGGGGUGUGUACAUGGCUCUUUCUGAGCCGCGCGGGCUGCUGCAGUACUUGAUGAUGGCAUUCCUACCCGACCAGCGCUCCCGUCGGCAUCUGGUGCUUCCGACGAGAGAAGACGUGGAUUUCCGUGCGGCCUGCUUCUGUCACAGGAAAGUGGUUAAUAUCGGCUACGUCUGCUCCAUCUGUCUGAGUAUCUUCUGUGAAGCUCCCCCGGGUGGCGUGUGUCUUACUUGUGGAACCGAACUGGACGUGGGUGAGUACGAUGUCAAGCCUGCUCUCCUGAAAAGGAAGAAGAAAAAGAAGAAGCAGGUCAAUGGGACCUCGGCGGCGGGGACACCUUUGUCAACACCGACGCCUGGGCCUUGA